AUGCUGGUAAAUAAUUCAGCUAGGCAGCUGAUAAGUCACUGACCCAGCAGUGGGGGUGGGAGGCUUUCAAGGGUGCCAGGGCCCAGCAGUGCUGGUUCUGCCUGUGGGGAAACUCACUUCCCUUCACCCAGCUCUGCCUGCCUCUCAGAGCGGCGGAGGCUGCAGGAGCGCAUCCUAGCCACCCGGCGGGAACUGGAGGAAGAGAGACUGCGAGUCCAACGCCUCAAGAGAAAAUCCCUGCGCGAACGCUGGUUGAUGGAGGGAACAUCCAUGCCUGCUGAUGACAAGGAACACAUGUCUUCUCUUUGGGAGGCAGAGUCUCAUGUCCAAGACUUAGAACAAAAUCUGUCCAGUCUUCAGUCUCAAAUGCAGCACCUAGAUAAUUUGGAUCUUCCCCAAGGAUGGCAGCAGCAGUCUUUGAAGGAGGUGAAGCCAUUGGAUGGCAUUGUGAAGGGAAAUACUACUGAGACCAAACUUGAGUUGGCUUCUGUUUCUCCUCAAAAGCCCAUGGAGGCAACAGCCAAAGAGCAACUGGAGAAUGGAGACAUGUCAGGAGAUGGUAUUUCUGGCAAUGAAUGCAGCUCUGAAAAAACAGGAGUCAAAGUAAACCCUGUGACUAUAGAAGGUGGGGACUUUCCGCCUCAUCAAGGGAGAAUCGAGGCUGCUCCUACUACGAAGAAUUUGGAUCCUAGUGAAGCCCCUGCUGCUCACCAAAGAAAGCUGGCAGUGGAAAAGAUGGUCAUCAGAGAUCAUUUGGGGCAGGAAGUGGGAAGCAUGGAUGCUGUUGGGCAGACACAGAACUUCAUUAGAAAAGAAGACGAAUUGGAAGACCAUGAUAACAUGGGAAAUGACUGUGAAGAAUGGAAUACUUCAGGUAGCCUUUGCAAUGUGGUGGAUCAAAAGAAGACUGGUUGUGCUACUGAAAACCACCUGGACUGUGAUCUUGAUAGCCGUGAUGGCCCAGAGGGAGCGUCUCCAACUUCCCAUGAUCAGCAAAACCCUUCCAACCUUCUGCAGGACAGUGCUAACUGCCUUGAUUCCCCCAGGAAGCAGGGAGAUAGUGAGCAGGAGAUAGGCUUGUUGGUCAAGGAGGCAGUUCUUAUGGAAAUGGGGCAGAAAGAACUAUCAGAACAAAAUGCAGAGGAGGCAGAGCCUGCCAGAAACCUGGCAGUCUGUGAUAUUGCUACAGAAGAAGAAGCAGUGAACCAGGCAAAUCUUACACAGAAGGAAGAGAUGCAAGAAUGCCAUGAAUCAGGAGAGGGGGAAGAGACCAAACAAUCUGUUUCAGACCAGAUCUCUCCUGGUCAGGAAACAACAAUUCUGAACCCUUUGGAAGAGGCUAAGCUAGAUCCGGUAAUGACUUCAUCUCUAUCAGAUCAGAUUCCUUCUCUGCCAGAUACUAAAGUAUCCCUUCCAGAACAGAAUCCAUCAUCUUUUCAGGAAACUGAAACUCUAUUCCUGGAGUCAGAACAGCCGUUAUUACCACAUCAGAGUCCAUCACCCCUUUUGGACCAAUCUGUUUCACUGCAAGAAAAUAAGGAUUCCCUUCUAGGUCAAAUCCCAUCUUCACUGCCAGAAUCCUUUAUAGCAUCAAAUCCAUCAUCUUUGCAGGGUCAUGUUUCUUCUCCAGAACAGAAAGCAUUCUUAUUACAAGAUGAUACUACUCCUCAAGAAACUAAAUGCUUCUUGUUGGACCAGACCCAAUCAUCCAUACAUGAAGCUAAUGGAAAAAAUCUGGACCAGAUCUCAACAGCUCUUCAAGAAUGUAGUGAUUCUGUGGUAGAUCAAAUACUGCCUACCUCUCCAGACCAGCUCACAUCUCUGCCAGAAAAGAUUUCUUCCUCAUUAAAUGAAGGACAGAAAUCACCCCACAUCUUGCCAACUGUUCUGGACCAAGAACAGUCUGUUUUGGAGAUGAAAGAUGCAGCUGUAAAUUCAAAGAAUCAAGAAUUGAAAGAAGAUAGAGAUUCUAAUUUGGCUUCAGAAGCAGAGACCACUGAGAUCCAAGAAAAUAUUGCUGCUGAGCAACAACCUUUGUUGAAUGAGCUGAAAACCGCAGUAACCCCACAGGACAUUUCUCUAGGAGAUCAGCAGCAGUCCAAGAGUGGGAUCCAAAAGCACCAGGGAGCCUCAGUCCAGGAGGCCCCUAUUUACAUCACCACUGAUGGCAAUCCUGCCUCAUGCCACCUUCAACCUGCAGCAUCACACCAGGAGGAGGGUCAAGAGCAGGGGCAGAACAGACGCAAGCAGAAGACGUGCCAGUGCUGCUUGGUCAUGUAA